AUGUUGACUGCCCUUUGCCACACUCUUCGGACACGAAGCCUCUCCCUGUGCCCUGAGAUCAUCCUGGCCGGAGCACAGCACGGCAGUGGGCACAUUGGACAAGUUAAACACAACCGCAAGAAAUGGAAUUCUCCUUCUGUGUUCAGGUGUAUGGAGCUGGCACAGAGUGUGUUCACCGUGUGCGUGGGCGCGAUCCCCGUCGUGGUGCUGAGUGGCUUCCGGGCAGUGAAGGAAGCGCUGGUCUCCAACUCGGAGCAGUUCUCUGGCAGGCCCCUCACCCCGCUCUUCCAGGACCUGUUUGGAGAACGAGGCAGGGCUGCCCCUCCUGCUGGGGAGGGGGAGGCGGCUAGAUGGUCACUAUACUCAGGGAGUCGUGGCUGGCUCAGAGCUGUUAACAGAGAGGGGACUGCCAGGACCUGUCUGUAUGACGUGUUUCCCUGGGCCCUCCGCCACCUCCCAGGACCCCACCAGGAGAUAUUUAGGUACCAAGAGGUCGUGCAGAGCUUCAUCUGCCAGGAGAUCACCAGGCACAAACUCAGGGCACCAGAGGCCUCCAAGGACUUCAUCAGCUGCUGCCUGGCCCAGAUCUCCAAGGCCAUGGAUGACCCUGUCUCCACAUUCGACGAGGAGAACCUGGUCCAGGUGGUGAUCAGCCUGUCUCUGGGAGGCACCGACACCACAGCCACCACCCUGCGCCGGGCACUCAUCCACAUGAUCCAGCAUGGAGCUGCCCAGGAGAGGGUGUAGCCAGAGCUGGACGAGGUGCUGGGCACUGCCCCGGUUGUCUGCUGUGAAGACCGCAAGCGACUGCCUUACAUCCGUGCUGUCCGCCAUGAGGUGCAGCGCCUCAGCAGCGUCGUGGCUGUGGGUGCCGUGCACCUGUGUGUGACCUCCACUCGUGUGUGCAGCUAUCCCAUGAGCAAGGGCACCAUCAUCUUACCCAACCUGGCCUCUGUGCUCUACGACCCUGAGUGCUGGGAGACCCCUCGACAGUUCAACCCUGGCCACUUCUCGGACAAGGAUGGAAACUUUGUGGCCAAUGAGGCCUUCCUGCCAUUCUCUACAGGGCAUCGUGUGUACCCAGGGGACCAGCUGGCUCGAAUGGAGCUCUUCCUGAUGUUUGCCACCUUCCUCAGGGCCUUUCGGUUCCAACUGCCAGAAGGGAGCCUGGGGCUCAAGCUGGAGUACAUCUUUGGGGGCACUUUACAACCCCAGCCCCAGGAGAUCUGCGCGGUGCCCUGCCUGAGCAGCCCCAGCCCUGGUCCUAGGGAGGAUGGCCUGUAG